AUGCAGAAGCAACAGAAUCAAGAAGCUUCCUCCCACGAGGGAACUUCGGCCGACGCUUUCGGCGGCAGUAUUGCGCAGUCUACUAGCCGCAUCAAUAGUGCCAUACACGACGGACCAUCCUCCGAACUUACCCAAAGUGCAUCGUGUUAUAACUACAACGAAGCUGUUUUACAGGAUGAUUGUGACACAGACACUGUUAGAUUUUCCAGUGCAACAAAUAGUGGAAUUACAAGCCCUGCGGGCCACCUUUUCAGGACGCAAAGCCCAUACCGAAGAGCCCUCCGCAAGAGCAUGAGAGUGCAGGAUCGGUCAUCGAGCAUCAAGCCAGUCAACCUGCGAUAUCUGAGUUCGCUUUCUGCGUUGAGCCUUCCCACCCGUCGAUCGAGCCCGGACGGCUCAGAGCGCGAUGUUCGUUUAUCCUCAGCUGAAAGUAUCUACUCCAACCUUUCAGAUAGUCUGCAGAAGGACAAGAAUCCGGAGUCAGCCUAUGAUCUUAGCGAAUUCGACACCAUUGUAUCGCGUUCGCCCCAACCUCAAGAGCGAGCAACCACGACUGCCGACGGUUUGGAGAGCAGCCAUCAGCGGCAAGUAUCUACUGCGAGCUCUGUGGAAUGGAAGACAUGGCUUAGCGCUAAAGUAUCGAAACUGGAAGACUGCGGCCAAGCGUCCAGGGUUCUUAGCGAGGAGCAUACAUGGAACCCUUGGUCUACUUUGGGCCACGUUCGCGAGAAUGCUGAGAUUGAGCCAAACAGCAACCAAUCCGAUACAAGCGCUGCCGAAAAUGGCAGCAUACAUACCAGCGGAGUUGCGACUGCAGAUAUUCCUGUCCCCCCCCUGACGCAGAGUAUCGUCAUCGAAGAUGGCUCCACGCACCACAGCCACCCGCUGCUCACGCACGAUGAAAACGCACCACCAGAAUACCAGAACAAGAAGACUGAAAAUAUGGAAAGCAAAACCCAGGCAAACAUUCGCAGUGUUUCAUCCCUCCCCAACGUUAGGGCGAUUGAGGCGUACGAGACAACAUGCAAAAUGAGCGUCACGCCUCAAAAGCAGCAGAGCAGUCCGUCUGCUCUGACAGAAUCUCCGAGCAGAACCAAGAAAGCGUACUUUAAUUCCGGGGCAGCAUCGUCGCUCAAAUCGAGCCCGGGUCUAAGCGCUGCCGUCAGACGACAAUUCGGAACAGUGGCUAUGGGAUCGCCUCGGCGCCGCAGCAUUCGUGGUGGAGAAGAUGUGGUUCAGAGUAAAACUGUGCGGGAGGCGGCACCAUUUGAUGAUUGUCGGUUUAGGAGAGGACUGGAUGCCCAAGCCAUGGGAAGCAAGCGAAUGGUUGAGCUGUUCCUAAACAGCCGAAAGACUAAGCGAGUACCAGAUGCAGUCACUUCGGACUGGGCCGCCGCAUUUAUUUGA